AUGGUGCAGAAAUCCCGGAACGGCGGGGUGUUCCCCGGACCUCAGGCUGCUGACCAGAAGAAGCUGAAGGUCGGCUUCGUGGGUCUGGAGGCUGGAGGCAGCGAGUCGAGCAAGGACGGAGCUCUGCUGAUUGCUGCAGGUGGUGAUGAGGGUCUUCGGCGCCAGCGCAGCAGCGUAUCUGGGGGAAAGAAGCCCCCCAAGCGAAAUGCUCUCUACAGACGACUGCAGAACUUCCUGUAUAACGUCCUGGAGCGACCCCGAGGAUGGGCCUUCAUCUAUCACGCAUACGUGUUCCUGUUGGUCUUCUCCUGCCUGGUUCUGUCAGUGUUCUCCACCAUCAGAGAGUAUGAGAAGAGCUCAGAAGACGCCCUCUACAUCCUGGAGGUGGUGACCAUCGUGGUGUUUGGGGUGGAGUACAUGGUGAGGAUCUGGGCAGCAGGCUGCUGCUGUCGCUACCGAGGAUGGAGAGGACGACUCAAGUUUGCCAGGAAGCCGUUCUGUGUCAUCGACAUCAUGGUUCUGAUCGCAUCCAUCUCGGUUCUGGCCGCGGGGACUCAAGGAAACGUCUUUGCCACGUCAGCCAUCCGGUCACUGCGAUUUCUCCAAAUUCUUCGGAUGAUCCGAAUGGACCGACGGGGAGGAACCUGGAAACUGCUGGGCUCAGUGGUUUAUGCCCACAGCAAGGAGCUGAUCACAGCCUGGUACAUCGGCUUCCUGUGUCUCAUCCUGGCCAGUUUCCUGGUUUAUUUGGCUGAAAAAGAAGACAACGAGCAGUUUGAGACCUAUGCGGACGCCCUCUGGUGGGGUCUGAUCACCCUGACAACCAUUGGCUACGGAGACAAGUUCCCCAUCACCUGGAAUGGGCGUCUGCUGGCUGCAACCUUCACUUUAAUCGGAGUUUCAUUCUUUGCCUUGCCAGCCGGCAUUCUGGGCUCUGGUUUUGCUCUGAAGGUUCAAGAGCAGCACAGGCAGAAACACUUUGAGAAGAGGCGGAACCCAGCAGCCGGCCUAAUACAGGCGGCUUGGAGGGUUUACGCCACAAAUUUGACUCGCACUGACCUGACAUCCACCUGGGACUAUUAUGAACGGACCGUGUCUGUCCCCAUGUACCGGCUCAUUCCUCCUCUCAACCAGCUGGACUUACUGAGAAACCUCAAGAACAAGUCAGGACUGUCUUUCAGGAAGGAUGUCCAACCUGAGCCCUCUCCCAGUCAGAAAGUCAGCCUGAAGGAGAGGGUCUUCUCAUCUCCCCGAAAUUCAGCAACCAAAGGGAAAGGUUCUCCACAACAUGGGGUCCCUGCGGUUGGUGCCGGUGUCACCCCAGGAGGAGGUGUUGGUCCGGGACUGCCUGGAGCCCCUGGAACUCCAGGAGGGGUCCAGGCCUUACGAAGGUCCCCCAGCAUGGAGCCCAGUCUGGAGGAGAGUCCCAGUAAGGUUCCGAAGAGCUGGAGCUUUGGAGAGCGCAGCAGAACCAGACAAGCCUUCAGGAUCCGAGGGGCAGCGUCUCGGCAGAACUCAGAGGUGCUGAUAGAGAUGCAGGACGAAGAGUUCAGACAGAAGAACUCCCCAGAGGCCAGCCUGCCAGGAGAAGACAUGGCGGAUGACAACAAGAGCUGCCACUGCGAGUUUGUCCCGCAGGACCUGACCCCAGGGAUAAAGGUCACCAUCAGAGCCAUUUGCAUCAUGCGCUUCAUGGUUUCCAAGAGGAAGUUUAAGGAGAGCCUUCGUCCCUACGAUGUCAUGGAUGUGAUUGAGCAGUAUUCAGCCGGACACCUGGACAUGCUGGCGCGCAUUAAGAACCUCCAGGCCCGGGUGGAUCAGAUUGUUGGACGAGGAACACCGAUCGCAGCAGACAAGGAUCGACCUAAAGGAGCUACUGAGGAGUUACCUGAGGACCCGAGCAUGAUGGGACGGCUGGGAAAGGUUGAAAAGCAGGUCCUGUCUAUGGAGAGGAAGCUGGACUUCCUGGUAAACAUCUACAUCCAGCGAAUGGGAAUCCCUCAGGCGGAAACUGAUGCCUACUUUGGAUCUAAGGAGCCUGACCCGGCCCCACCCUACCACAGCCCAGUGGAUCAUCUGGAGAAAAGCCAGUCCAUCUCCAAAAUCCUGCAGGUGUUACCUGGUGACCCCAUGGACAGGACUCUGUUCAUGACAAAGAUGGUGCGCUCCACCAGUUCCACCGGACACAGAAACUACACAGCUCCAACCUGCCCACCUUCCACCUCCUGGCAGCCAAUCAGCUCUCAGCUCCACCAGCAGGGCCCUCCCCCUCCAAACUGCAGCCACGGUAACACUCCGAGUCCAGUGGGGGACGCCUCACUGGUUCGACUGCCCCCUCCCCCUGCUGGAGAAAGACACGGAAGCCACCGAUCCAACCGGCACGGUCCAGGAGAGCGAGGCGGGUCAGAGAGACCAGAGCGGAGAGGGGAGGGCACCAACGGGAGCGGACCAGGAGCAGGAGGGGAAGAGGGGAAGCCUGAUAGUGAUGCUUCCAUCUCCAUCCCAUCGGUGGACCACGAGGAGCUGGAGCGCUCCUUCAGCGGCUUCUCCAUCUCCCAGUCCAGAGAGAACCUGGACUUCCUGAACAACAGCUUCUACUCCUCCAACAAUCUGGGAGAGCGCCCGGUGGGGGGCGGCGCCGCCCGGUGUACCAACAUCCGCUCCUAUAUCGCAGAAGGAGAGUCAGACUCCGAUUCUGAGCUGUGCGCUCCCUCUCCACACUCGGAUCGGGCCUGGACCAGCACCAAGUAGAUCAAUAGGGGAACCAGCAGAACCACCUUUGUCUACCAAUGAGACCCAGAACUUCUGAACACACAAUCACUGAUUUUAAAAUCACCACUGAGGGGGGAUCGAGUUCUACCACCAUUGAGGCAGAACUCGAUCUUAGUGCACAGAUGCUUUUAAACAGACGGCAUGAUGGGAAGGCGCCAUGGCACCAGAGGUUUUUUUUUCUUUUUUUUUAGUAUUUCCUGUCGAGGAUUGAGACCCGGCCCCAGAACCUUAUCUUUAAAGCACAAACACAGACAUAUUCAUCAAGCCCCUCCCCUCUACGAUUGCUAUAUUGUUGCAUGCAUUCUGCACUUAUCAUCCACAUGAAUUGUCUAACAGCACCGGGGCAACAGGAAGCGGUGGAAUUCAAGCAUCUGAUUGGUUAUCGAGCUGCAAACCGGCCUGAACGGUUUCAGGACCUCUCAUUUAGGGUGGGGGGGGGGUGCAGCAGCUACUCGGUCUCUCACUGAACUGGUUUGAUUCUCAAACACGGGUUUCUGUAAAUGUUCAUCACAAAGGGUCAGCACUGGUUUUCAUGAUCAGACGUUCACUGAAGACGCUGACAGGAGUGACAGCCGUUCUCUGAUCUCUAGUAUCAGGAAGGCAUUUCUUCCCACACAGCUGCCACUCACUGGAUAUUUUCUCUUGUUCUGGCCAUUCUCUAUGAACACUAGAGAUAAUUGUAGGUGAAAAUCCCACUAGAUCAGGAAUUUUCUAAAAUACUCAGACCAGCCUGUCAUUCAAAGUCACUUGAAUCACAUUUCUUCCCAAUUCUGAUCCUUGGUUUGCCUAAAUAAAUGACGUUGCUGCAUAUGAUUGGCUGAUUAGAAAUCUGUGUUAGCGAAAAGUUGAACAAGUGUGCCUAAAUAAGUUCUCUUUACUGUAGAGAUGCAUAACAGAACAAAAGGGGAACUGUAUUCACAGGAAUAAAGACAGGUGAGAUGUGUCCAUCAAGAUCCAACCUGAUCUUCUGUGUCUCUCAAAGGGAUUUUUGUUCAUUUGUUGAUGCUGCAUCUCAAAGGUUAGAUAUAAAAUCGCUGGGAAAUAUUAACUAAUGUGGUUCAUUACAUUUUGAGCCCAAAAAGAGACAUUAGAGUCUGAGAUUUAUCUGGUUUCUCCAGAUGCUCCAAUGGAAACUAAAGCCAGAACAUUUAAGAGAUACGCUCAAUAAACCAGCAACAACGAUGCUGCUCCAGGAGGGAACAUAUUCAUCCUUACAACCAUUGAAACUUCACAUCACCUACAACCCAAAGACUGCUGAACUUCUGAGAUGCACAUCAUCUCCGACCCAGAUGCACUCAGUCUCGUCCCCUCUCACUGACUGUGUUCCUGAGAAGCAGCUUGUGUCUUUAUUUACUCAUGUCCUCGCUUGUGUCGCCACUUUGUUGUUUCUAGAGCGCACGCACACAAAUAUCAGCUUCACAACAAUCACGGAUGAAAGAAAACACUGCAGAUGAAUGAUGGUUGGAGAUGUUUCUUGUUCUUGUCUAAUGUAACAGGCUGAACCCGGACUCUCUGCAGGUGUGAGCGGUUCUGGUGGUGUGGGUCCAGCCUCCAGCAUGCAACUUUAAAAAAACAAAAACGAAAUGAGAAGCCAGGAAUAACUGUUCACUGUUUCUUUACUCAGAUUUCAAUAAAACCGUCACAGAUUCUAAAUGGA